CACACGCACAGUCUUGGCGUCAACUAGGAGGAAGCCUUCACGUUUGUCGCCCUUGUAAACUAUACGGCCGAUAUUUCCAAGGCCUUCGAUCCCAUGUAUCCGGCCAAGGGGGAUGAUCGUAGCAGCACCAGCACCAUCAGCAGGAGCAGCAGUAGUGACAGCAGCUUCGACGACGAUUCGGGCCAUGCCGCGGCGGUCCAGCUGCCGUCUGUGGACGACGACACACAACGCAGUAGCACGCCGUGCCGUGGGUGGUGGCCGCGCCCACCAGGAGGACGAAGAAUGGCCGUGUUGGCGCUGGUGUGUGCGAUAGCUGCAGCGGCCAGCUUCAGUCGAUGUGGAGGUUGUUUGGUGGGGUUGCGGAAGGCGAAUGGCGGUAGCACCAGCUGCCCGAGGGGCAACAAGCGGGAAGAAGCGGAGGCGAAUGCGAGCCUUGAAGUUGAGACCGGGAUCCGUCCAUGGCAUCGAAAAGGUGUUCUCGGGAAGCUACGAGAGGGCCAUGACGACUGGCGAAGGAGGCGAAAGCUCAAGCUGGAACUGGAGAACAACGGUAGUGAUGGCGAGGCCGGCAGCAAGGACAAGACGAAGAGAAAACGGAGCAGCAGCAGCAGCAGCAGCAGCAGCAGCAGCAGCAGCAGCAGCAGCGAUAGCCGAAGCGAUGGGCGAAGACUUCUCCAACAGGCGCCGGGGAUGUUCGUACCAAGUCCCGAGGCGGCAAAACGGCGGGCGAAGGACGAUACUGGUGGCGCGAAGGAGGCGCCGGGGAUGUUCGUACCAAGUCCCGAGGCGGCAAAACGGCGGGCGAAGGACGAUACUGGUGGCGCGAAGGAGGUGCACUCUCGAAAACCGUCCAAGGAGAGAAAAGCGGCGUCCAGACAAGAAAAGGCCACCGAGGGGGGCACGGCGAAGGGAAAGCGUCGGGCGUUGCAGGCUCUAUGGGGGCGUGUUGUGGCGAGGCUAGGAGGCGGCCGGGGAGGAGGCGGAAGGAAUGGUGAUAGGGGAGGGGAGGAGGACGCUCGCAGAGCCGGCCUUUUGAAGGAGUUAAGGCGGAAGGUUGAGGAGCGGUAUGGUUCUGAGUUCUGGGGGCGCGCCAAAGCGGCAGGGCAUGAGCUUGACGACGAGCUGCUGAUGAGGUGGGGUCAUGGCAAAGAAAGAGAUAGUGGCGUGCAUGUCCUGUAA